AUGAUGGUGCUCUUCUAUGUUCAUUGCUUCGUGUUGCUCCUAUGGAGCCUCUACCCGGCCUGCCAAACUGCUGUCGACGACGAUACGGUUGCAAGAGCCAAGGAAGGUGCAUGGGUUACUCUACGCGACGGUGUCAAUGAAGCACCAAUCAAAGUGGCGAAGAUGAGCGAAGUUGGUGAUCCUUUCGAUAGAGAUAUUUUCGAUAGAGCGGAAGAGUUUUGCAAACAAGAUGACUCCCAUCUGACGUCUGUUCUAUCCGAAAACGAGAUGAAGUUCAUAGGAGAGCUGGUCAUAAGGAUCUAUGGUGCCUUCUUCGUGGACGUACUGACAGGCUUGCGUAUGAAGGCGCCUGUAACGUGGUCCGAUGGAUCUCCAACUGACUUUGUUCGGAAUUUUCAAAAGGAUGUGGAAGCCGAAGCGGACGGCCGUCAUUGUCUCUACGGGAGCGAAGCUCUGGAGUGCAUGCGCAUUUCGCUGCCGCCACAUCAACUUUGGAGCUUUCUGCUCCUGCAAGAAAACGGGACUACUGUAGGUGACACGAAAUAUUGA